UUCAGAUAUGUUUGCGAAUUUGUUCACAUAGAGUGCCACAGCAAUCUUCUCAUAAGGACAAAACAGAGAAACAAACAAAUAACUUUGUCAGAUCUUCAACCGCAGAUCCAUCCACACCCUAUCCCAUAUCCAACUUUUGGGAACACAAAAGCCGAAAUUCCUCCCCAAAACCGCGCAUACUUGGCUCAAGAGUGUGGUAUUAGCGAAAUGCACAUACACAAGUAUCUCGGUUAAUAAAAGAUAAGAAAUCAUGUUUUAUUAUUGGAUAGUGGAUAAACAUAUACUUUUAUAAAAUUUGCAAAAUUUUUCAAAAAAUGCCGUUCAGAGUGUGAUAGCAAAACGGCACUGAUAAUUUGGCCCAUUUUUAGGAGUCCCUACGUGUAAUUUAAAGGGGAUUUUUUCCUCAAUGUACACUUUCCACAAAUCAAGUUUCUACCCCCUCUUCCCCUGCAGUGUGGUUCUGCAAUUUAAAGUAAACAUUUACAAAAUUAUUUUAAUCCCAACAAUAAAGUGAUAUGGGUUUGUAGUAUUUAAUUUUGAUAGACUUUCCUGUUUGAAUAUAAGAGGGAAAAAAUAAAUUAGUUGACUAUGGGAAUUGGUAACUCCAAUUACUUUAGACCAUGUAAUAAAGUAGAUGUUAGCAAUAAUAUUGAACAUAAGAUUUCCGAAAGUUCUACAUCCAAAUCCAACUCAGAACGAAAAGUGAAAUCGUCAAUAAAAUUAGGUUUCAGCACUUCCCGUUCAAAGCGUAUAAGGUCGUCCUUAAAAACUACCAGGGCCACUAUGUUGCCGUCACCCGACAAUGGAUUCAAAUUAUCCAUCAGCAGUGAAUACUACACGUCCCGUUCUGAACUCCCUUCUCCGGAAUACCUCAUUUCGACAGUUCAUGGGAAUCAUCAUAAGCCUAUUAGGCUUGGCUCAAUGGAGAAGUCAAAGCCUGAUCUUCAAAGUUUAGAGGGCGCGACCCUCUCCGCGGGACUUUCUCGGCGAGCGCAAAACAUCGUAAAGCGGGUCGAGGGAAUUCUAAGCCGGUGCAAGGACUCCGCGAAGGGUGCGGAGGUCGAACACGCCAACCCAUCGGAGGCUUGCACCACCCUCCAGUCCAGUUUGGCGUACCCUUCCAAGGACGAUAUCGCGAUGUACGAGAUGUUUGCCUUAUUGCAUAGUAGUAGAAUUGGUAGCUUUUAUGCAAAACACCUGGAGUUGCUGCUGUCGAACCGCUCGGCGGUUUUUACCACUCCUGAUUUCCCGCUGGAUUGGAACACGGUGGGGUAUCAAAUGGGCAGUGUAUUCACUCCAGGGACCAUCGGACGAAGUUAUCUUGCGGUAAAAGACUUUCCUUCUAAGGAUUCAUCGUCUAUUCUGGUUAAAAAGAACUCUCGAUUUAGUGAUAGAGUACGUUCAAGGGAUACGCUGAAAUCCAUUCAAGAUUCCCGUUACGUUUUGAAGGUAGUGAAUUUUGUGCUCCGGAAGGAGAUUGUUGAUGCAGUUGUUUUAGAACAACAAUUUUUAAAGAAUACGACUUGUGAUAACAUUCUCGCGAUAUUUGAUGUAUUGUGUGAUGAAUACAAAGAGAAUGUGAUUAUCGUAUCAGAAUUUCAACCGAGUGGGAAUGUAGCCUCUUACGCGGGAAAGCUAGAUUCUUUGCCUGAUAAGCUACUCCGUAUUAUUAAUGAUGUGGCCCUCGGGCUGCGUUUUUUGAACUUCAGCAACAUUUAUCAUCAUAAUUUAAAGCUUGAAAACGUUCUGGAGAUGCCCAAUGAACGCUAUUGUAUAGCCGAUGCUGGGUUUGUCUCCUUAUUUACCUCGCAGUGUCCAGAGGCGCUUGUGUUUAACGGGGAGUUAGGAUGCCUCGCGCCUGAGAUGUUCAAUGAAGAUGGACCAUACGCGGAUGAUUCGGUGUAUAUGUCAAGCCUUUCUCUGGGAAAGGUCGACACUUGGGGGUUUGGGGUCUUUAUGUACACCCUUGCCUAUGGUAAUAAACCGCUUUCUAUCGUGGAUUGUGAUUAUAAUGCGGUGAAGGAAUGCCUCCUUACAAGCGUCCUUAGCUUUCCUAAGAAACCCUGGUCCUUUGAGGCGGACCUUAUCAAAGUCAUUUCGCUAUGCCUCACGAGGGACGCGGCAAGUCGACCGGAUAUCGAAGAGCUCUUUCGCAUGCCUUUCUUUAUCAAUAACAAUUUUAGCAGUGGGGAGCAGGGUACUUCUCCAUUGAUAAAAGGCCCCUCAUUUAGCCGAUUUCGCAGUAGCGCCAUGCUGAGGGGCUUUUCGAGCAUGCCGAGUAUCACCCAUUUCUAUCAAAAGAGUGGCUACACGGUAGAUCGAGUUCUUGGCCGAGGUUCCUUCUCUGAGACCUUUCUAGUUCAUCUACGACGAAACACCAGCAAAUAUUUUGCCUUGAAAGCGAUCCAGAGGUCCAUACACAAGAUUAUCCAGGAAGAUGUGAACGAAGCCGGCAGAGAACUUAUCCUACGACAGCUAGCGACAUGUAAAAAGAUCACCCAUCCUAACCUUGUUCAAUAUCUCAGCAUCGUUGACAACAAAAAAGGCAGCUGCUUUGUUAUACAGGAUUAUAUUGAAGGGGAAACGCUGACGGUCAUGCUUUCCUCCACUGAUGCCAAGCCCAAUUCUCCUAACGAACGCAAUUGCUUGUGUAUCCACAUCUGCAAUGAUGGGCUCAUGGAUGAAGGCAUCAACAAGAUAAGUUUUCAAAAAAUUCUAGCUGAUGUGCUAUGUGGAAUUGUUUGCCUUCAUGACAAUGGUAUUCCGCACCUGAGCUUGCGUCCUUCAAAUAUUCUCUAUGAUGUUGAGACGAAAAAGUUUAUGUUAACCGAUUAUGGUCCACUAUUUUUCAACCUGGAUGAGAACUUAAAGAACCGCUUACAAGGCAAGUCAUUCUAUCACCUUCCAUCUUGGGUUUUAAAAUCGGAAUCGGAUGAUCCAUUUAUGUUGGAUACUUUCUGUGUUGGGCUUCUUGCUGCGUCAAUCGUGCCAAAGGUAUUCACCAAGGUGUGGCCUCAGAUCUACUGUUCUGAAGAGAGGCCACCUUUAUCAGUCGACGGCAUCCUGAACGAAAUUUCCUCCGAUAAGUCUCUGCCAAAUGAUUUAAUUAGUUUUAUUCGCGAUGCGCUGUGUAAUCGCAGGACCGCGAGGCAGCUUCUGCAGCACCACUAUUUUGAAGGCAAGUUUGAAACGUAUCUGGAUAAAAUUCAGAAGGUAUUGGUCUCCUCAGGGGAUCUUUCGCGGGCCAUCCUGUCGAAACCAGAGGAGCGCGAUGAGCCUCGUAUCCUCGAGGCCCUCGGGUGGGUUUCAUUCCUCUCAAGUCCUAUCCCUAGUGCUCUCAUCGAUACGGGCGAGCUGUCAGUGAGCAAUGACAAACCGAUUAUCGUCAGCUUUACAAGCUCUGGCCUUCAGUGCACACUAUGCCAUGCGAAGAUCUCUCUCGCGCUCUAUUGUUGUCUGCAGUGUGAGGAAUAUAUUUGCUGCGGAAAGUGCGCCAUCAACGAUAAUCACAAGCCCGGCCAUCAGCUUAUACCUUUUAUAGUCAAUGUUAUUGAGUGCAAGAAAGAUGGAAGCGGCUGCGCGGUGCUUUGCCAUCCCUGCUCGAUUUUAGACGUCCACGCGCUCGAGACCAUUGAAAUGCAAGCGAACUUCCCGGUUGGGGUGCUUUCCGGCAUGGUAAACAACACACGAUCUCUGGAACGAUCUCUUGUGCAUAGUAUGUCCUUUAAUCCUUCGAGUAUUAACGGGAUUAACAUCUCCAGCCAAGCCAUGUUGGAUACCAGCUACGCGACGCUAUUGCAAGAUUCGGCCGAUGACAGUUCUUCCAGCGUGAGCGUCCAAGCUUCCUCCCACUCCAAACGAUUCUCCUCGAUCUUCUCGGCCGACUUCCAGGAGAUUUUAUUCCAGAACUCCCAGAGCUCGCCCUUUUCCAAGCCUCGGUCGUCCUUUCGGGAAAGCCGCAUCGGCUCCGCCAGCCUGGGGAAGAAGACCCCCGCGACGCGGCUCACCUCUCACGUCACCCCUACUACCUCGGAGAAGAGCUUCGUCUGCGCGAAGAACGAGCUCAAGGUGGUGACCCUCCCAAAGGCGCAGGAUGUGGAGGACAUCACCUGGCAGGAGGAGCUGGAGCGCUGCCGGCGGACCAGCCAAGCUGACCUGAUGUUGUUUAACUACGGCUUUGCGGAGGUCCCGGCGGAGGUCUACACCCCGCCGCCGCUGCAUGUCGUGUAUUUGGACCUCUCGCAGAACGCCCUGACGUCGCUCCCGAAGGAGUUGAGCUGCAUGGUCCACCUACGCAAGCUGCUGGUGUCGUAUAACAAACUCACGGUCUUGCCCGAUACGAUUGGGCAUCUCACACAACUCGAGCAGAUCGAUGCGAGCCAUAAUGUCAUCGAGGAUCUUCCCAGUAGUUUUGAUUCGCUGGUUAACCUUCAGUCGAUCGCGAUGGAUUACAACAACUUUUGCGAGAUUCCAUCUUCUAUUUUGAGGAUCCAUUCGGCUCAUUCGCGAUCGGUACCGCAGCCUUCUUCAGAGCUCAUCGUAUCCUUUGCGAAAACCAUUCCAGGAAACGCCGAUUCACCCGCGCUGAAGGUUCUUUACCUCGCAGCGAACGACCGCAUCACUACAUGGCCGGAGAUCGAUCAAUUUAGACGCUUCGAUGCGCUUACCAUUGCCCUGGACAAUGAACCCACGCUCUACCGUUCCUACCUAACCCAAGAAUUGGGAAGCAAGCUUCCAAACAUUACUAUCAACUGGAAUAAGAUCUACCCUGAUGAAAUUGUUCGCCAUAUCUAUUGUGGAAGUCUUCGCUCGGCGCAAUCACAAAUGGUUUACCGCAAGCUAGAUAUUUCCUACGUGUUGACGAUUGGCCGCGGUUUGAUGCCGGUUCCCCCAGAAGGAGGAAGGCAUAAAGUUAUUGUUGUUGAUGAUAUUCCAGGUGCGGAUAUCUCAUAUUCCUUCCAAGAGGCAGCAGAAUUUAUUAAUGAAAGCCUUAAAAAAGGGAAAGGCUGUUUGGUGCACUGCUUUGCGGGUUUAUCCCGUUCGGCGACAAUAGUAAUUGCGUAUUUGAUGUCUGAGAAGAAGAUGCGGAUGGACGAUGCUUACAUGUUGACAAAAAAAGGGCGACCGGCAAUUUUUCCGAAUAAGAGCUUCCUUGAGCAAUUGAUUGAGCUUGAUAAGCGGCUCUAUCCAAAUGCAAGUCGUCCGCUUAAUAUUGAGCAGCUAGAGCGCCCUAUUGAAUCUUAG